AUGAUAUCAAACACAAAGAAUGGUGCGUCUUCCAAUCGAUUCAGAGAACUUAUCCCGCUAUUUCUGCUACUCAUUCCUGUAAUAUCUACACAUGGACAAGACAAGGCUGGUGACGUCAUACAUUAUUGUCAUGGAGUUCCGGGUAUCCCUGGCACACCAGGUAUACCGGGGAAUCCAGGGUUACAAGGCCCAAGAGGAGACCGAGGGGAGACUGGGCAAAAGGGCGACAACGGAAGCAACGGAACACCCGGUAUCAAUGGCCUAACUGGGGAAUCAGGUGUGUCUGGAGAGAAAGGAAAUUCUGGCGUACCGGGAAUGCCGGGAAAGAUUGGACCUAUUGGUAUACCUGGUGUGAAAGGAGACCAGGGCGAUAAAGGCAAUACCGGUGACCCAGGCCCAAUGCAGACCACUUCCAGAGUUGCAUUUUCAGUUGCACGUACGUUUGAACUGUUAUCAGGUGAUCAGCCGGUGACGUAUGAUAACAUCUACACAAACAUAGGGGGCCAUUACAAUGAAAGCACUGGUAACUUUACAUGUCCCCUUAGUGGUGUAUAUUAUUUUACUAUGGCAGCAGUGAAACCGAGAGAUGGCAAUAAUCUUGACAUUUGUUUUAUGAAAAACCAGAUUCAGCUGACUUGUGCCUACUCUAAUACUGCGGGUUAUGGGACAGGAACAAAUAGUAUCAUCUUAGAAUUGCAUGAAGGAGAUGGGAUAUGGGUUAAACUGGGUUGGAGUUAUGCUCUGUUUAGUUCUUCCAGUGGAUACACUACAUUCUCCGGGUAUAUGAUUAAUACUGAUUACACUAUAAUAACAUAA